UCGGCCGCACGCACGCGCCUCGACGUCAGCCGCGCGUGCUCCCUCGGCCCGCCGCCGCCGCCGCUGCCGCUGAGUGUGUGCGCGUGCUCCAUUCAGGUUUGCUGGGUGAUGUUGGUGAUGAUGGCGGAAGAGGAGCAGCUCUGAGUUCGCGCUCAGUUAUUGUCAUUGUUAGUGUUAUUAUUUCACAUCAUAUAGAGUCAGUGAACAACCCCCCCCCCCCCCUCCAGCGUCUCCCUGCCCGAGACAAUGGGGAACGAAGCAAGCCUCGAGGGGGGAGAACAACCCGGGGAUGCGGGCUCCGCUCUGCCUGUGGCGGGAGGUCCGGGUGCCGUUUCAGCACCACCGGGCUCUGGAGAGCGCGCGAAGCCCAGCAACGCCGGCGCUGCAGCGGGAGGAGGAGGAACGGCGGCCGCACCGGAGGCAGGCAUGGCCAGGCUCGCCGGGAGACCCGUCCAUACUGACCAACAGCACGGCACAAAACCCGUGAGUCCCAGCUAUGGCGACGGCAGAGCAGGGGUGGGGGGCCGAGGGGAGCCUUACCGCCUGGCUGCCCAUGAGAGCCUGCACCAGCCCACGGACACGCAGAGCCAGGCCCAGGCGGCGGCUUUGAAGCAUGGCCCUGGCCUGCAUGCCUCAAGGCGCAGUCUUCAAGUGGAUGUCAGCGGCAGCCGAUCCGGGAGGUCCCCCUCCGUAUCACCAGAUCGGGGCAGCGCCCCCACCUCUCCCUACUCUGUGCCGCAGAUUGCCCCCAUGCCCAGCAGCAAGCUCUGCCCCGUCUGCAACACCACAGACCUGACGGUCUCCACUGAUCCACCGAACUGCAACAACUGCACGCAGUGCCGUGCCCUGGUCUGCAACCAGUGCGGGUUCAACCCCAACCCACACCUGACAGAGGUCCAGGAAUGGCUCUGCUUGAACUGUCAGAUGCAGAGAGCUUUGGGAAUGGACAUGACCACUCCACGCUCCAAGAGCCAGCAACAGAUCCACUCUCCGUCCCAUCAAGCCAAACCUGACCCCCUCCCCCAGGCUUCUCCAGCCCUACAACGGCAGACUGGCCCAACUCCAGCUUCCCAGCCCGCACCCCAAACCUCAAGACCUGACCUGCAUUCUCAGCGGGGCCCGACUUUCCACGGUCCUGCUCAGACCAGGCAGGAACCGACGGCUAGGGGCCCUCAGCCUGGGAUGCCUUCCAUGCCGGGAAUGGCCAAGGCGCCCUCGCAGCCUGACCUGCGCUCCACCCCGAUGCAUCAGUCACAGCCUGGGCGCCAGAGCCAGAUUCGCAGUGCCGGAAGCUCUCCAGCCAGGCAACCUCCACCAGUCCAGGAGCCACCACAGGAUGGACUAACGGGGAAGCUGUUCGGCUUUGGGGCAUCCCUGCUGAACCAGGCCAGCACCCUCAUGUCGGUGGACCCCACACAGGGUGCAACACCCCAGCCAUCUCCGUCCAGGACAGCGACCCACAAGGUGGUGUUCAGCGAUGCCAGCAAGCCGCAGGCCACCCCAGUUAAGCCAGGUCUGCACGCACCCCCUCAGCAGCAGAGCCCACAGAAACUGCCACAGCAACAGCCGACGGCCGUUCAGCAGAGCCCACAGAAACUGCCACAGCAACAGCCAACGCACCUACAGCAGAGCCCACAGAAAUUGCCACAGCAACAGCCAACGCCCCUACAGCAGAGCCCACAGAAACUGCCACAGCAACAGCCAGCACCCGUACAGCAAAGCCCACAGAAACUGCCACAGAAACAGCAGCAGCAGCAGCAGCAGCAGCAGCAGCAGAGCCCACAGAAAUACCAGAGUCCCCAAAAACAGCAACAACUUCAACAGCAGCCACCACACCAGAGCCCACAGAAACAGUUGCAACAGGCUCGUCGAGAACCCGCUCGUCAGGAGCCCGCUCCCAAAGCCAAGGAGAUGGAGAAGCCCAAAGUUAACUGUCCACUGUGCAAGACAGAGCUGAACAUCGGCUCCACCCAACCACCCAACUACAACGCUUGCACACAGUGCCACACUCAGGUGUGCAACAUGUGUGGAUUCAACCCCACGCCACACCUUGUGGAGGAGAAAGAAUGGCUUUGCUUGAACUGUCAGAUGCAGAGAUUAAUGUCCACUGGUCUGGGAGACAUGCCACCACCACCAUCUCAGGCAUCUCCAAAACACCAGCCCUCGGGUUCCCCCCGACACCAACCGCCUUCUGGUCAGCAACAAGCCCAACAGCCACAUCAGCAGAAAGCACUGAAUCAGCAGUUGCCCAAACUCACAGCAGUUUCUGGAAGUGGCCCUCUACCCGCAGUACCAAAACAGUUGGCAGAGACCCAGUCAGACAAGGCACCCGUUCAUGCCGCACCUCCAACCACUGGAGAGGCUCAAAAACCUCAGAAGGCCAUAGAGAAGGACAGGGUUACAACAAAACCAGACAAGGAGGCAAGUGUUCCAGCUUCAUGCAAAGAGAUCAAACCAGUGCCAAAGAAGGGGAUACCAGAGCAAACUUCAACACCUCCUGUGGUGAAAGAUGUGAAGAAAGCAGAACCUCAAAAAUCUAGACAUGAUGAUGCUAACAAAUCUAGCACUCAAGAUAUUUCUCGGAGUCCCCAGAGCCUUAGUGACACCGGCUACUCCUCAGAUGGAAUCUCCAGCUCCCAAAGUGAGAUCACAGGGCUGAUCCAAGAAGAGGAGAUGAAGCUGAGUGAAAGAGGGCUUGGAGAGAGGAGCCCUCCUAGCCCCUGUGAGAUAACAAAGCUGGAGAGUUCCAUGCGACCUUUGCUAGAGUCCAAGUCCAUCUCUGAGCAGGAGCAGAAGAGAGGACGGGGGCGACACCAUCGUGACUCCAGAGACAGUGAUGAUAAGAAACAGAGGCCUCGAUCAUUAUCCAUUACCCCAGAGGCAUAUGACUCAGAUGAGGAGCUGGAAGAUAUCCUGGAGGAGGAUGAAGAACCAGGUGACUGGGAGAACCAACAUGAGCUUGAUGAAGGACCUGCAGAGUCCUCUGAUGACUUCAGCAGUAAACUGCGUCAUGACUAUGUAGAGGACAGUAGUGAGAGUGGUUUCUCCCCCAUACCUGGCCGGUCAAGAAAGAUGGAGAACGAAAUGACUGACGAAGAGUUCAUGAGGAGACAAAUCUUGGAAAUGAGUGCAGAUGAGGAUAUUAAUGAUGAAGAAGAUGAAGGAUACAGUUACCAGAAACCAAAAAAGAUGCAUAAGCACAGCAGCGAUACAGGGAAAGAAAAACGACGGCUAACUCAUCAUUCCAGCAGCUAUGAAGAAGACAUAAAAGGUGAUGAUGGAUAUCAAGGUGCCGUAGAAGACGGAGAGGAAGAUAUUAUUUCUUCACAAGGAGGGCUGCGCCGUUUCAAGACUAUUGAGUUGAACAACACAAGCAGUUACAACCGUGAUAUGGAGCUCAGCAAUGAGAAUGACCUUAGCCUAGAUCGAGAGCCAGAGCUAGAAAUGGAGAGCUUGACUGGCUCUCCAGAGGAGCGCUCAAGAGGUGAAUAUUCUUCAACUCUACCAGCCACUACUCCGAGCUAUACAUCAGGCACGUCUCCAACAUCUGUCUCGUCCAUGGAGGAUGAUAGUGAUAGCAGUCCUAGUCGUAGACAGAGACUCGAGGAAGCAAAGCAGCAAAGAAAAGCUCGUCAUCGUUCUCAUGGUCCACUCCUGCCAACUAUUGAGGACUCAUCUGAGGAAGAUGAACUGAGAGAAGAAGAAGAACUGCUUAGAGAACAAGAAAAGAUGAGAGAAGUAGAGCAGCAGAGAAUUCGGAGCACUGCCAGAAAAACUAAAAGGGACAAGGAGGAACUGAGGGCUCAGAGGCGCAGAGAGCGAUCCAAGACCCCCCCAAGUAAUCUUUCUCCCAUCGAGGAUGCAUCCCCAACAGAGGAACUGAGACAGGCAGCUGAAAUGGAGGAGCUUCAUCGUUCCUCCUGCUCAGAGUAUUCACCCUCUAUUGACUCUGAGGCUGAGGGUUAUGAAGUGAUAGCUUCGAAGCUGUAUAAGUCUGGGAGUGAAUAUAACCUACCGACAUUUAUGUCGCUGUACUCCCCAACUGAGAAGCCAACUACCACCACUUCCUCUUCAACAAGUAAGCCACUUAAAAGUGCUGAAGAGGUCUAUGAGGAAAUGAUGAGAAAGGCUGAGAUGCUGCAGAAACAACAGAAGCAACAAACACAAGUGAGACAAGGCCAGCACUAUGACAGUGCUUAUCAGCAGGAAGAUGUAAGACAUGAGCCAGACCAUUAUGAUGAUGAAUAUGAUUACAACAACCUUGCGCAGACUGACUACGGAAACAAUGUGUCAGAGACUGGAGACAUUUACGAGGAGAUUCGGCAAACAUCUCAAAGCAUUACAAAAAUGCAUCAGUCUUCCACCCAUGACUUGCAACAGCAACAAGUUGAUGAGAUGGAACUAGAUGAUUCCUACCCAGAUAAGCAGCUUUUAGAUACAGGUUCAGCAUUUGCUAAGCUACUUGAGCAAAACAAUGCCCUCUUGACUCCUGGGACUAGUCCAACUCAGCUUUCAGCACCUGUGUCAUUUGCCUCCACAGCAACUGAAACCAGUGGAGUACCAGGAAGAGGGAUUCCUGAUGUCCGUGUGACACAGCAUUUUUCAAAAGAAGCACAGAGAGAUAAAAUCAGAAGCCACACUGGUAAAAACAGUGUUAUACCAGCUGUUCCCACCACAAUAGCUGCUUAUGGGGUUUAUAGUAGAGAUGCAGUAACUGUUAGUCAGACUGCCGUGAGUCAAACUGUGUCUACAACACAAUCUGCAACAUACGGCCGCCAAGUAGCUACUGCCUCAAGUGUUUCCAGUAAAAUAGCAGAGAUUACUCAAGCCUAUAGUCAAAGAGACAGUGCUGUAAAGAAAGUUUCUGAGAGCAGAGGCGUUCAAGUCCGAGACUGCGCAGUAGCAACAUCCUCUGAACUUGAAAAUGAAUCUCUGACAUCUAGGGUUUAUUCUUAUUUCAAGGGAUCAAGUCCUCCUGUCUCCCCUUCUGACUCUCCUACACAAAGUCCAAAACGCUCUCCAUCCAGAAUAGGAACAGCUGAGUUCUCCACACAAACAUUCAGUAGUGCUAUUUCAGUUACUCCAGGUAGUACUGCUGCCACCUCCCCUGUUAUAGCACAGGGAACCCAGACACCACACCGAGUUUCACCGCGCCUUUCUAGACAGCAGUCUUCCCAAGAUUCUCCUUUUAUGGUAAUAACAUUGGGUUCCGAGCCAAGUAGCCCUAGUAAGCCUGUGACUGUCAACACUGCCACAUCUCCUCUUUCCUCACCAACAAAACUGACUCGUCAGCCAACCUUUCACACUUACACUCCAGCAACAACUUCCCCAACAUCACCACCAUAUCAUUCACCACAGCACACCAUGUAUAAAACACAGAUAGUGGAAAAAGUAAGUGUUGGCACCAGCAUGGUCACCACUGCAAGCAGCUAUAGCAGAGGAUCGUUGUCCAUGGAAAAUAUAUCUCUCUGUAGAAUCUCCACAGUUCCUGGCACCUCAAGAGUGGAACAGGGCCAAAUGCUUUCAAGUGGCAGUGUGGUUGAUCUGAGGACUAUGACAAAGCCAACUCCUAUCAUUAUGACAGAACAGGGAAUGGACUUAACAUCUUUGGCAACAGAGAGUCGUAAAUACUCCGUUGGUGUUGAUGGGAGCCCUAGCCGUAAUUCCACAGCUGUGCAACCUCUCAUAAUGAACCUAAAUACGCAGGAACAUCCACAUGUUGCAGUUUCAACAGCAACAACAGUAAGUAUCACAGUAGCAGCAUCUAUGUUCAUAUCACAACCAAAAUCACCUGUAAUUUAUGGUGAUCCUCUUCAAAAUCGAGUAGAUCUUGGUCAGGGAAUGGGAUCAGCAGUGUGUCUCACUCAAAACAAACCACCGCCCCUUGAUCCAUCUAUCCCAAAGAUAGAUGCUAAAUUAGAAGACUUAAGUAUUCAACAACAGCAGCUACUGAAGCAGCAACAAAAGUUGCAGCAGCAGCAACAGCAGCUUGAGCAGCAGUUGCAACAACAUCACCAACAGCAGCAGCAGCUUCAGCAGCAACAGGCAGCAUCUUUUGCAAGGUUCAACUUAGCUAACCAGGUUCAGCCACUACUUAAGAAAGAUUUACUGGUGAGUCAGACUAGCACAACUAAGGCUGUGGUCAGUGCAAUACCCAGAGCAUCACCUCUUACUGAUCAGGUUGCCCCAAGUGCAGUUUCUCCUAGUAUGUCUCAAGAAGUCUAUGGUGCAGGUGCUUUGGAAUUGAAAAAUAAGCCCAAUGUCAUAAAUUUAUCUUCAGUUAAACCUCAAGUCAUGAUGGUGCAAUUGGACAGUGCCUCACGAGGAGUACCAAUGAGUCAGCUGGUUAAAUCAGAGGAUCCCUCAGAUGCCAUUGAUCUGACUGGCCAGAUUAAAGCAGAUAGCCAAGUGGCAUGCUGUGAUGUGGUAUAUAGACUGCCUUUCAGUGGAAGUUGUACUGGAGGCCCCUUCAGUCAGAAACCAAAGGUGGUGGAGAAAGCUCAUACAACGGAGACUUCACAAAGUAUCCGUCCUUCUUUGGAGGCUCCUCAGUUUUAUGGAAAUAAACUGCAAGAAUCUGGCCAGGAGAGUCAACGAUUUCACGAUCAGCUUCCUUUCCCUGGAAGGUUACAUUCAUCAGUUUCGGAUACUAAUCUUGCAGAGACUGGACUUCAUUACUACCAGCCGAAAAAUGAUCUAAAUGUUCAAGUCUCUGGAGACUUUGCUGUGGAUCUAACCACUAUGAAGCAUGGUUAUGAAGGAAGUUACCUUGGUAUGGGUAUGCAGUAUGGAUCCUACACAGAUUUGCGUCACCAGGGAGAUGUAGUUGGUCAGUCCUUACCUAUGCGACGUUAUGGCUCUAUGUCAAACAUUAACACAGACUAUGCUUAUUCUUCACGAGACAUCUCUAGCUUCCAGGAAGCAAACUUAGCCCAGUAUAGUGCCACUACUGCCAGGGAGAUCAGUCGGAUGUGUGCUGCUUUGAACUCCAUGGACCAGUUUGGUGCAAGGUAUGGCAGCAAUCCAGAGCUUUUGCAGUACGGCUCUCCAAGGGGAGUGUCUCCUGCUAGCUUACAGCAUGGUUUAGCUUCGAUAAGAGCUAGUCUGAUGUAUGGGUCUGAUGGAAGGCAGACAACCCACAGUCAAAGUUAUGCUAAUCUAGCUAAUACUAGACAGAAUGUACGAGCUUUGUAUCCUACUGCAAUUAGGGCUCCUGAUGGAAUGAUCUACUCCACUAUCAACACCCCUAUUGCCUCUACUUUGCCAAUCACUACCCAGCCUGCAUCUGUGCUACGACCAAUGCUUAGAGGAAUUUAUAGACCUUACCCUACGACUACCAUGACUGCUGUACCUUUAGCAAGCCUUACCAGAAUGUCUGUCGUAACACCUAGAAUGCCUCUGUCCUCGCAAAGGCCUUAUCGCUAUCCUCCACCAAGUCGUUUUCCAAUCUCUCCUGUCCCUACAAGUGCACCAACUACAACAAUAGCUCAAGACACUCCUGUCUAUCUGGGAAAACCUUCUGUGACCUCUUCUGCGCCCACUACAAUGGUAACUGCUGCUCCGCUGCCAUCAGCUCAGCCUGUUAGCUACCAGGCUGGACAUAGUGCAGCAGCACGCGGCGCACCUUCUACAUUAGUGCCAUCUGUGCCCACACCUAUUGGACCUACAAACCAACAACAGCCACAACCCCAUCAUUCAGUGCAAUUCUCACAGUCACAUUUGCCACAUAUUCCACCUCAGUCUUUACAACAACAGACUCCACCUCAAGUGCAGCCACAAGUUCACCCCCAAAUGCAACCACAAAUGCAGCCACCUGUUCAUCACCAAAUGCAAACCCAUCCUCACUUGCAAACCCAAGCUCAUCCUCAAAUGCCUACACAAACUCAUCUCCAAAUACAACACCAACCUCCAUUCCAGUCCCAUCCACAAAUGCAACCUCAAACUCAGUCCCAGUUGCAUGCGGUUCCAACACAGCCACAGACACAGCCACAAGCACACCCUCAAACCAAGCCGCAGUCUCUUUCUCAGACUACACAACCCCCUGGAGUCACUGCCAUCAGCAGCAGUAGCAACCCAGAGAAGGAAAAAGAGGAAGAAAGGCUUCGUCGACAGCAGGAGCAGUUGCUACAUAUAGAACGAGAACGUGUAGAGCUGGAAAAACUGAGACAAAUUCGUUUGCAGGAGGAGCUUGAAAGAGAACGUAUGGAGCUGCAGCGACACAGGGAAAAAGAGCAAAUGUUGGUGCAGCGUGAAAUCCAAGAGCUGCAGACUAUCAAACAACAGGUCCUGCAGCAACAACAAGCUGAAAGGGAGAGUCAACUGGUAAUGCAGAGGGAACAGCUUGCACAACAGAGGCAACAACUAGACCAGAUCCAGUCACUACAACAGCAGCUUCAGCAGCAGCUUGAAGAACAGAAAAGGCAGAAAACAGCUGCAGCAGCAGCAGCAGCUGCUGCAGCAGCUGCAGCAGCUGUAACAACAGCCACAUCUUCUCAAAGUGGCAUACAGGGUGUACCAGUACAAGGAGAAGCUGCUUCUCAGGGAUUUUCUGUUGUCUGUGACCAAUCUGGUAGGGUAAUACAGCAAGAUGCACAAUCUGAGUUGCAGAGAAGCCAUAAUGGACAAUUUUGGCAACCUUGUGUAGAUGGACAGAGUGUCCAGGGAUUGAUGCCUUCAAGACCACUUCCAAGCUCUGCCUCAGAAAUGUCCUUGAGGAAUAAUGAAGAACUUGUGGAGGCAAGAGCUAUGAAGAAAAGAAACUCUAUGCCUCGUCUGAGGGAUGGAUUGGAAGGAAAUGAUAACCAAGCCUUGAUGAAAAGAAUUGUAGACAGCAGUGUUCAGACUGAUGAUGAGGAUGGAGAAGAGAGAUUCCUAAUGUCACGACGGAGGAGGACCAGGCGCAGUGUUGAUUGCAGUGUUCAAACUGACGAUGAAGACAAGGCAGAGUGGGAGCAGCCAGUUAGACGCAGGCGAUCUCGCUUCUCGAAGCACUCUGAAUCUACUGCUGAAAGCAAGGUUGACACUUCCAAGAUCAUGUCAUCGAGUAUUGCUAUUCAGACCAUUCGUGACUGCUCGUGCCAAACUGAACCUGAACAAUUGGGCAGGGUAUCUCCGGCCAUCCACAUCACUACACCUGAUCCUAGGGUUGAAAUUGUGCAUUACAUUUCUGCCCCAGAACGAACACAAAAAGGGGAAAGUCUUGCCUGCCAGACUGAACCAGAAUCCCAAGCUCAAGGAGUGGUUGUCCCUCAGCUUGCAGUACCCACCACUAUCAGUCCAUACUCCACCAAUAUCCAGCUCGUUGGUUCUGGCACGGUUGAUCCGCUCUCUCCGCGACAGCAGGCGAUGUCUAAGCUUGAAAGGAGGAAGCCUGAUCCUUUGGAGAUAAGCUACCAGUCCCACCACCUACACAACGAGUCCCUCUCCAGUCUUGUGCGCCAGGUUCCCAAAUCACCUCAGGUCCUGUACUCACCUGUUUCCCCACUUUCUCCUCAUCGACUGUUGGAGACUUCUUUCUCCUCCAGCGAGAGACUCAACAAAGCACAUGUUACGCCCCAAAAACACUUUACUGCUGAGUCUCCACAACGACAGCAGACUUUGCCCCGACCAAUAAAGAGUGUGCAGCGAUCAAUGUCGGACCCCAAACCUCUCAGUCCCACUUCAGAGGAAUCUGCACGUGUCAGACUGUCCUUAUACCAGCAACAAGCUCUGCAAAACCAGCUUGCUGCCCUACAGCAGAGUUCACUGAUGCGGAAAGUGAAGAGGACACUGCCCAGUCCUCCACCAGAGGAGUCCCAUCUACCCAUUGUCACCCCUGCCCUGUCUCAGAUGUAUAUACCCACUCUGCCUCAAAAGGUGGGGCCCAGACCAGGGCUGGCUGCUAAAGCUGGCCUUCUGAAGGACCUCACACAUGAGCUCAAGGUGGUGGAGCAGGAGUCUACCAAACUUCGCAAGCAACAAGCAGAGCUGGAGGAGGAAGAGAAGGAGAUUGAUGCCAAGCUGCGGCACCUGGAGCUUGGCAUCACUCAGCGAAAAGAAACCCUGAUGAAAGAGAGGGAAAGAAGAGAGCUUGCCUACAUGCGAUGCAUGGGAGAUACCCGAGACUACAUGUCAGACAGCGAGCUUAACAAUAUCCGGAUCAUAACCAACACCUUUGAGAGCAAUGGGCUGCUGACAAGACCAAGCACAGCCCCCCUGAGCCAGUUUACUCCCGAUCUGAGCACGGUUCAGUAUCCCCCCACCUCUUCCUUUGUCACAUAUCAGUACCCACAAAGUCAGCCAGCUCCACAGACAACCCCAAUCUAUCAGCAAACAGGAUUCCAGCCUCCACAGUAUCCAGUUGUCACACAAGCUCUCCCUCAGCCAACUGCUAUGCAGCCCUGCUACCCUACCCCAUCGUACCAGGCACAUGGGACAUUCCCACCUCAAAGCUUCCCCCAAAGCCAGCCCAGUUAUCAACCUGAUCUGGGCAUGCCGCAGAGUCACCUAGGAUUUCAGCCUCCUCCUGUUCCACCCCCUUACCCAACACAGACCCUACCAUACCCACCACAGACGCCCUAUCCUACUGGACAGCCUUUCCAACCUCAAGCAGAGAUCCUUACCAUUCACCAGAGGCCAAAACAAACUUCCCUUGCUGACUUAGAGCAGAAAAUUCCCACAAAUUAUGAGGUGAUCAGCAAUCCCCCAGUUGUUGUGACCACCACUGUUCAAGAUACUACCUACACAUCUACAGCUGUGGGUAGCACAUAUGGACAAUAUACUACAACUGUGGCCAGUACUUAUGGACAGUAUUCCACAACUAUGACAAAUACAUAUGGACAAUACACCACAACUUUAGCCAGUACUUAUGGACAGUACACUACAACUAUGGCCAACACUUAUGGACAAUACAAACCCCCAGAAACUUCAUUAUCUGAUCGGAUUCAUUCGGCAGAGAGUCCUUCAUCUGCCUAUACCUCUGAGGGCCUCUAUUCUAACCUUGAGCAAAAUGUCCCUCGCAAUUAUGUCAUGAUAGAUGAUAUCAACGAGUUGACAAAAGAGAACAUGGGAACAUCAUCAGAUAUACACAAGACUGACAUGCUGCAAGCCCACGGACAUCCUGCAAGUGGGCGGUACGGGAGCGAGAGCGUCUCUACAAGAGUGAGCUCCUACGGCAGGACUGAGGAGGAGUCUGAGGAAGACCUGUACGACCACCACAGCAGGGGUAAGAGCACCAGCAGCUACCACCAGCGAGGUUCAGACAGUCAUGGCCGAAUGGGCAACAGCAGUAGCAUGGGUGGGGGAAGCUCAUAUUACUAUGAUGACUACAAGCACUCCACACGUGGCAGCUCUGGCAUGGGAGUGCAGAAGCAUUCCUCCAAAAGUCUGGCUCCAGCAGUCGUGUCAUCAAAGCGAAGCAAGCACAGAAAGCAGGGCAUGGAACAGAAGAUCUCCAAAUUUUCUCCUAUUGAAGAGGCGAAAGAUGUUGAAUCAGAUCUGGCCUCCUAUACCAUUACCACAUCCUCUGGUGGUAGCUGCACUGUUGUAUCUAGGGCUAAGAAGCUUCAGGAUGAGAUCACGUAUGGGUUGAAGAAGAACGUCUAUGAUCAACAGAAAUAUUACGGAAUGUCCCACCGUGAGGCUUUUGAGGAAGACGACCGCAUGUACGGCUCAGGAAGAUCAAGAUCGACCGGCUAUGGAAUGGACAAGAUUUCUGCGAGAGAUUCGGGCAACCAUAGGAGCAAGUCGUACGAGAGGGACACCAUGGAUCGCUCUCAGAGGGGUAGUCACAGCCGUGGCAGGCCCUCUAUGCGCUCCCAAAACUCAGAGGAGGAGAGCCCGCUCAGCCCCGUGGGGAAGCCCAUGGGUGUUGGCCGAGGUUCUGUAGGGCCAGAGCCAGCUGACAGUCGCAAUCAGUACGGCUCUAGCCACUCCUUGCCUGAUGUGCAGGACCACAUGAAGGACCUGCCGAGGAGCCAUGUCUACAAACCAGAUGAUUCUUACAUUAUAGAUGAUAUGCAUUGUGCUGUGUCUGACAGCGAAGCUUAUCAUUUGGGACAGGAGGAAACAGACUGGUUUGAGAAGCCACGGGAGGCCCGCUCUGAUAGGUCUAGACACUACAGCAGUGGGCAUUCGUCCUCCCAACGUAGAAACCAUGUGAAGCACACGUAUCACGACUACGAUGAACCUCCUGAUGAGGAUCUCUGGCCACAAGAUGACUACGGUCACCCACGUCAUUCUUCAUCCCGAGAUCACAGGCACCAUGGCAGCUCCUCUGGGAGACAUUCCUCCUCCUCUCGGCACUCAGAAGAGCCCAGGUCUUCGAGAUCCUCCAAAGGACACAUGAAGGACCCCUCAAUGCGCCACGAUUCCCGGCAGAUGUCGUCGUCCUCUGGAAAAAGGCCAGACUCUCGGUCUUCACAGGGCUACCACUCCUCGGAUUACCGUGACACUUCUGGCCACCAUCAUUCUGGCCAGAGGUCACAGAAGCAACCGUCAUCCUCCCCCCACCAUCAGCAGACAUCCAGGAAGCAGCAAGAUCUACAGUCCCACCCACCGUCUUCAAGACAGCAGGGAUCCAGCCAACAGCAACGGUCAUCCAGUGGGCCUCCGUCAGGUCGCCAGCCUGCCUCGCAGCAGCAGGACAGUCUUCAGCCUCAAGGGCAGCAGCUGCGCACGCAGCAGCAGCAGCAGCAGCAGCAGCAGCAGCAGCAGCAGCAGCCGCAGCAGCCGCAAACCUCAGCGGCACGACAGCAGCAGCAACCACAACAGCAGCCAGCUGGGACUCCACAGCAGCAGGUCACACAGGCCCCGCAGCUGCAGGCUAAGCCUGGGCAGACUCAGGCACGGCAGCCAACAGCCGGCCCUCAGCCUACCACUGCGGUGAAAACUGACACGCUACCUGCUACAGGAAUAGGAUCGAAGGCAGCAACGCAGCCUGCAAAAACACCUCAGCCCCCACUAACUGGAAUAGGGUCCAAAGCUGCCCCGCGGCCUGGGGGAAUAGGCAGUGCAGCAGGGCAGUCAACCGGUGAUGGCGAGAGCGUCUUCUCCAAAAUCCUCCCAGGAGGGGCUGCUGAGCAGGCCGGCAAACUGGGAGAAGCUGUAUCUGCUUUUGGCAAGAAGUUCACUUCCUUCUGGUGAACUGCCGAGUGAAUGGGUUUGCGGAGUCAUCUCAGAGGACAACAUAAAACUUUGUAUUGGAAAAACCUAUGGACUUUCCUCAUUUUGUGAUUAAUUUUGUAAGAGCAAGAGCCUGGUAAUCUGAGUGCAAAACUGACCGGAUCUGGAAUCAACAAAAUUCUCAUGUAAAGAACAGUCCCUGGAAUCAGCACAUAACAGAAAAGAAGGUGGAAGAGAUGCCACUGUCCUAGUGUUCCAAGGCCAUCCACGCCGCAGCAGACGCUGGAAAUACAAAGUACGUCAGUGGAGCCCUGAGCUGUUGCAGCUGCCUUCUGGGUUGAGAGGCACCGAUGAUGGAGGCCAGUAUCUCUCUAAGGCAUCUGCCAGACCAGGUGGCCACCGGGAUCUCCUGUAGUGCCACCACAGUGGUGCUCUUUUUAUCUGAAACAUGUAACCCUUCUGUAAUCAGGUUAAGUCAGUGUAAAUUAUAUCAGGAUUAAUGUAUCUGAAAUUAACAAAGUGUCAUGUGUGAGAGCAUUCAUUCCCAGUCCUGCAGCCCUGACUGACUAAUCUAGGCAUAGAAGAACAUGUGCGCUGUUAUAUCUAGUACUGGGUGCACUAUAGAUACUGAGUACUUUACUGAUGUAUUUGCAACAUUGUAAAUUUUUCAUUUUUUUCAGGUCAUUCCAGAAGACCCACUCUCUUCAGGAUCUUUAGGUAUUUCCCAGAUGGACACCGGAUUUUAAAAUUCUUGCUCUAAGGAAGACAGACAGCAUGCGUGUACUGUACUUUCAUCAGAGCUUUGGAUGACUGCAUGGUCCAACAUCACUACAUCAUGGAGGAUUCUGCUGGAUCCAGGGAUCAAUGAGGACAAAGCAACAGGACACGUUUCUUCCAGCAGCGGCAAUGUCAGUUCCACCUGUUGGAUGACUUUUUGGGGAUGCUGGAAAGCCUUCUGCAGAAGCUAUGAAAGAAUGAAGCACAGAGAGAAAAUAAGUUUUGGUGUCUUCUGGGUCUGCAUGAAGGAAAUGUAUAUAAGUACAUUUUUAUUUUUUAACGUGUGAGAUGUUACCUCACAGGGAGUACAUGAAACACAUGAGAACCGUUGAUUCCAAAUCUUUGCGCUCAGAUGACCAAACACAAUGACCUCUUGUUCUAAAAAGUCCCUCAUAGGUUUUUCCUGUACAAAAUUUUUUUCUUCAGAUGAGAAUGUUGACGGGUACAAGGUGGAGGUGGUUACAAAUUACAAAAACAAAUCUGUUUCCAGCUUUGGUUUUGAUAUCUUUACAUUCCAGUUCAGAACCACCGUGUUUUUGAAUGCAGAUUUUUUUCUUUCUUGCAAUGUGUCCACAAGGGGACUUUGGAUUGGAAUGCAUGUUAAUUUCUGUCUAAGACCUAAACACUGUUCAUGAUCUAAAUCAAGGAGGCCAUAAGACAUUUGAAAAAAGAAGUCUACUCUAUAAUAACAAAAAUCGUAAAAAGAUCAAGUCAAGCCACAUUACUGAAGACUUUCUCUGACAAAAUUAGGAAAGCCAUCAGGAUACAAUGUGGUCUGGGUUGUCUUUUACCUGUUGCAAAGCCAUUGUUAUAUUGUUGCAAGGUUUUGGUUUUUUCCCUUUUGCCUGAUUAUGUUUCAUGAAAAAAAGGAUGCAGCCUUAAUCAUAUUUUUUUUA